CUGGCUGGGCACUGGCGACCGUUCUUUGCUGCGAAACUUUCACGCCGCGCAUUAGCUCGAUUUUGCUAACCACCAAAUCCUGCAGAUCUCCACUUUCACAAUGGGUUACGAGGAUUCCGUCUACCUGGCCAAGCUGGCCGAGCAGGCUGAGCGCUAUGAGGAGAUGGUCGAGAACAUGAAGGCUGUCGCCAGCGCGGACCAGGAGCUUUCCGUUGAGGAGCGCAACCUUCUCUCCGUCGCCUACAAGAACGUCAUCGGUGCCCGCCGUGCCUCAUGGAGAAUCGUCACCUCGAUCGAGCAGAAGGAGGAGUCCAAGGGCAACGAGACCCAGGUUGCCCUCAUCAAGGAGUACCGCCAGAAGAUCGAGGCCGAGCUUGCCAAGAUCUGCGAGGACAUCCUCGAGUGCCUCGACGGCCACCUCAUCCCCUCCGCCGAGAGCGGCGAGUCCAAGGUCUUCUACCACAAGAGGAAGGGUGACUACCACCGCUACCUUGCCGAGUUCGCCGUUGGCGACAAGCGCAAGACUUCCGCCGACAAGUCGCUCGAGGCUUACAAGGCCGCCACCGAGGUCGCUGCCCAGAACCUGGCUCCCACCCACCCCAUCCGCCUCGGCCUUGCCCUGAACUUCUCCGUCUUCUACUACGAGAUCCUCAACUCGCCCGACCAGGCUUGCCAGUUGGCCAAGCAGGCUUUCGACGACGCCAUUGCUGAGCUCGACACCCUGUCUGAGGAGAGCUACAAGGACUCCACCCUGAUCAUGCAGCUCCUGAGGGACAACCUGACCCUCUGGACUUCGUCCGAGGCCGAGCCUUCUGCCGAUGCGCCCGCUGCUGAGCCCGCCUCUGAGGCACCCAAGGCCGAGACCAGCACCGAGGCACCUGCUGACACCAAGGCAUAGACUAUGUCAUAAUCAACAUAAGUAAAAAGCACGGAAUUCGUGGUGCAUUUUGGUAUGGGCAACGAUGUCUAGUUCGUUGUCCCUAAUGGCAUGAACGGUGCCCGAGGGUGCUAGGGGCUUUUGCUCUUCGUUAGAUUCCCAAAUCUUCAUCAUGUCAUCACAUCUUACACUU